GAAAAAAAAAAUAGAACUAAACAAAUCUGAAGGAGGAAUACUGAUGGUGUAAUUUAUUUCGUUUAAAAUUUUACAAUGGAAAAAUACGAUAUAUCUCAACUAACAGAGUUCCCACGAUUCGAGACAGAACCAAAUCAGAGCGGUGUGACUACAUUUUUUAAUAAACUUUGGAAAUUGCCCCUUUUUUCACCCAAUGAAACAGCUGAGGAAACGGAAAAAGCAUCGGUUGAGAGGAAACAAUCGGAUUCUCAAGCCGAUAAUUCUAACAAACAGAGCUUUGAUGAUACGAAGACAGAAUCUGGUAGUUAUGCAGUUGAAUUUGAAGGGCGAAGUCUGCCCAAUGUUUUACAGAGAAUAAGCAGUCUGAUAGCCUUGGGUUCUGGGGGUGGUACAAGAUACGCGGAUACGGAGCUGGCUCGCUACUGGAUGCCGGAUGACAUCUCACGUGAGUGCUACGAGUGCGCGGCACGCUUUGGAGCCUUACGCCGCCGACAUCAUUGCCGUGUCUGUGGUCAGAUAUUCUGCUCACGAUGCUGUAGUCAACGAGUGCCAGGUCAAAUAUUUGGUUGUGCUGGUGGUCUUAGAGUAUGUACAUACUGUUGUAAUGUUGUACUCAGUUACUUACGUGAGAAUGAUGCAGCUGGUGACAUCUCUCCUGACUUACGCACAUUACAGGAGAACUUACAGGUGAAGUUCCCAGACAACAAGGCUGCAGACAAGGGUGGUGACAACUUCAUGUUUGCGAGGCAGCAAGAGGAGCGCCCGGAGCCCCGCGCAGACACCACAGAGUCCCUGCACGAUCUGAUACGACAGCUUGCGUUCUCCUUACCAAUGCAGCAGCACAGAUUUCGCCUGGUGAGAUACAACAGCGUGUGGCGCGGUUGUGACGUCAUGCAGUGGGUCGUGGAUAACACCAGCAAUAAAACAAGGGCUCAGGCGGGCGCGGUGUGUCAGGCGCUGCUGUCUGCGGGACACUUGGAGAGCGUGACGGAGCCCCCGCAAUUCGCGGACUACGCUCUGUACCGUCCCGCACAACACGUCACACAACGUGACACACAACAAGCUGACAACAACAAUGACAACGGUGAGGAGUGUGGACGAUUGGUGGAGAGUGUAUCCUCGUACUGCUUGGACCUGAACCUCGGAGACAGCUCCGCCAGACUCACCAAAGCGACCAAGACGACAGAGAGCAAAUCGUCUCCUUCAAGUGAAGAAGAUCAUCCGAUAUUGGAUCAAAGUGAAGGUGGUGAGGCUGCGACGCUGUGCCGGUCGGUGGAGCAGUCGGGGGCGGAGCACCUGGCGCUGCUGCUGCGGCAGUGCCUGGCGCGGGCCUCCCUAGCGCCCUCCUGGCUGCACGUCCUCUACCCGCUCUGUCAGCAGGCUGCGGACAUCAUACUGCCGGAUAUGUACGGAAAUGACAUCGACGUACGUAACUACGUGCAAGUGAAAAAAGUACCCGGCGGCAGCGCACAGGACAGCUGCCUCCUGCAGGGUGUCGUGCUCACCAAGAACGUCGCACACAGAGGUAUGCCGCAGCAGAUCUCCAACCCGACAGUACUUUUACUGGAUUGCUCCAUCGCGUACCAGCGCGUUGAGGGAAAGCUCACCUCGCUGGAGCCACUCCUCAUGCAGGAACAGGAAUACCUAGUGCGUUGUGCGGCGCGCAUCACCGCACUGCGGCCGCGGGUGGUGUUGGUGCGGGGCGGUGCGGCGCGCGGGGUGCAGGACGCGCUGCGUGCGGCGGGCGUGGCGCUCGCGGCCGGGGUGCGCCACCGCGCACUGCGCCGCGCCGCACGCUGCGCACGCGCAGAUCUAGUCGCCAGUGUUGAUGCGAGGAUAGCCACACCUCGCCUGGGUACCGCUAAGGAGUUUUAUGUUAAGAAUUUCUCAGGAAAAACUCUAAUGGUACUAGAAGGCUGCGCGGAGCCACACCUCGGCUGUUGCAUUCUAUUACGAGGUGGCUCCCUGGCCGAGCUGGUGAGGGUCAAGAGGGUGGUCAAGUUUAUGUUGCUGGCUUUCUAUAAUUGGAAAUUCGAGAAGGCAUUUCUAGCCGACAUAGAAGCGGUGUUACCUGAACCUGGAAUGUCUUUCGGUGAUGAGGAAGCUGAGUGUGCGAGUGAAACGGAUACAAAAAGAGAAUACGAGAGACAAGAGAAAGAGAGUCUCUUUAAUGAACCAAAAGAAGAAGAGAAACCAAUAGAUAUAAAAAGUGAAGAUAUGACCAACGUUAUCGAUGAUAUGGAAGAUUCAAACAUAGAACUAUUUACUAGCAAUAAAAAUGAUACAAAAUCUAUUACCAGUGAGAUACUUCAUGAUAAAGAAGUAAAACAUAUUAAAGAAGACCAGGAUUCUAACGAAGAAGUGACUAAAACCACUGGUGGUGAUAAGAACUUGAGUUGCGGAGUACCGAUAAGAGAUUUCAGUGAUCCAUUACGUGCGACAUUGUCUAUGGAUGAUGAGGUGUUCUUGCCCAAAGAAGAGGCUGAAUUAAAAGCUGAUUCCCAUAGCGAAAGAUGGUGUACGGAUGAUGCUGUACUCUCGAUGUCGCCUAACAUCGUGAUCCCGGCGCCGCGACUACCACUGCUUGUGCCGACCCCCAACACCCCCCAGACCCCCCACACCCCGCGCCCCAAGCGUCGCCCCCCACCACGUCCACAACACACACAUGUACUACUCAAGGAACCUCAUCCAUUUAUAAAGAUGGCAAUCAGCAGCCCUGCUGAGGACCCUCGUCUCCGCGCAGCACUCGCUAACUACCGCGCGACUGGCGCACGACUCGCCAAUACAACACAUAAACCGGAAUGUCCCCAAUACAAACCAUCAAUACUCAAACCCCCCGAGAUUGAGGUGGAUGAGGGUGAAGGUGAAGCUAAGGGUGGGUCGGGGGCGACAGACCCCCUCGCACCGGAGCAGCAUCAGCGACUCAGUUUGCUGCUGUACAGCUGCAGCGACAAGUCUGCCAAUGUUCCAGACUUCUGUGUCAAUCCAUGGAUAGUGACAAUGGAGAUGUACGGACGACACGACAUUUCUUUGGGUGCGUUCCUCGAGCGGCAUUGCUUCGACGGCGACCAUCGCUGUCCCUCCGCAAACUGUCAGGUCCCCAUGAACCGACAUCUCAGGAGGUUCGUGCACGGCGAGGCUUGUAUCACAAUAACUUGCAACACAAUAGGUCACAGUAACGUUGACAAGACUAAAGAAGAUCAUUCCAGAGAGGUGCGUGUAUGGACGCGGUGUGAGAAGUGCGGGGCGACAUCUCGCGGACGUCGCCUGUCUCGCGCGGCUCUCUCCCUCUCGCUAGCACAGUACAUGCGACUGCGACUGAGCGCGACUCGCUACGUGCGUCGCGCGCUCUGCCCACACCCGCUACAUGCGCACGCGCACGCAUUCGUCGCACGACUCACCACAGCCUGCUUCAGGUACGACAAGAUUUCGAUGUAUGACAUCCAGCUGCCGCCUGAUGUCAUCUCCAUCAACUACGACACCAAGCGCAUGCGCGACAACCUCAUUGCACAUCUCAAUGAACUCGUCCUCAAAGGACACGAGACGUUCAGUGUGGCUGCGGGAGAGGGAGAUGAGAAGGAGCGCGAGUACGCAGCAUUCCGCCAUCACAUGGACCUCAUACACCUCGCCCUCACCUCCGCCAGUCUGCAUGAACACGUCACCCUCGCCAGCGUAGUUCGUAAUCUAUGGAAUGUAUCAGAUAAUAUUGUAACUGGAGAGCGAAUGCUGCGUGAUGCUCAAGACAAAUGGUCCAGUCCACUUACUAAGAACAAACUGCAAACUGAACUCAACCAAGAAGACAAAGAAGUUGAUGAAUCUAGUUUUGAAACUGCUGCCAACGAUAGUUCAGAGAUCAUUUCAAAAGAUAUAGACAAAGAAUAUAAUAUAGGUACUGAAGAGGAUGAGGAAAAAGGUGAUAAGAAAACUGUGAAACAAAUACUGUCACAACUUUUAUCAAGUAAUCAACAAGCUAAUCAGAAUGGUAUAAUAUUGUCAAGUGGUGUGGUGCCAGUUGUGGUGAGAGCUGGAGACGUGGGUUCUGUGAUCGCAGCCACACUCGCCUCCCUCACAUACCAGAAGACGUUGCGCGCGCAGCGGUACAGUACUCAAAAUGAACAAGAAGAUGGUGAAAGUAAUGUAUCUGGAAAGGAGAAGAACGACGGAGACAAAACUAAAUCCAGCGCCGCAAAGUCCAAUGAACAUAUAGAAGUGCUCCUGAAGGACGGUCUGGCGUGCCGCGUGUACUUCGCGCUGCAGUUCCACGGGCUGAGACACGCGGUGCUGGCCGCGCCCGGAGCACCCGCGCCUGGAGCACCCGCACCCGGAGCACCCGCGCCCCCGCACACAUGCUCCUGUCACACCAAGGAGAAGGAUGGUAAGACCGUGUGCGAGGUGGAGGAGGGCUUCAUCAGGUCGCUGGCGCAGUGUGUGCCCUGGGCGGCGCGCGGCGGCAAGUCCGGCUCCACCUUCUGCAAGACUGAGGACGACCGCUAUGUGCUGAAGGAGAUGACGAAGCCGGAGUGGCAGCAGUUUCUGGAGUUCGCGCCGCACUACUUCUCCUACGUCAACUCCUGUCGCUUAAAUAAGCAGCCCAGUCUGUUAGCGCGUAUCCUGGGCGUGUUCAGUGUGGGGGGGAGUGGCAGCGGUGUGCUGGUGAUGGAGAACGUAUGGUAUGGUGCGAGUGGUCUGCGCUUCGACCUGAAGGGUACAGCGCGGCCCCGCCUCCCCCCCACCAGCACCACCCCCACUGCCACACCCCACACAUCACACAAUGCACAAACAGUGCUCGUUGACCUCAACCUGCUACAUUUACGUUGGGAGCGGCAGCUGUAUGUACCGGCGCAGUUGUGCGGUGCGCUGUGGGGGGCGCUGGGACGAGACACAGCCUUCCUGGCCUCCAGCGGAGUCAUGGACUACUCUCUGCUGCUCGGACUUCAAGAUCACACCCUCGUGCUCGGCGUCAUAGAUUACAUCCGCACCUUCACAUGGGACAAGAAACUGGAGCACCUGGUGAAGAAGAACCUGGGCUCUGGUCAGCCGACGGUUGUCUCUCCGGAGGAAUACCGGCGCAGGUUCUGUGCAGCUUGUCGCAAGUACUUCCUGCAGUGCCCCGAGCACUGGGACCAUCUGUACGACAACACGGACUCCGCUUAACUGCAGUCAGAGUCCUAAUUCAUCACUAAGGGAGCCUGGUCGCUAGGGGUACCUGGUCGCUAGGGGAAACUGAUCGCUAGGGGAGUCUGGUAGCUAGGGGAACCUGGUAGCUAGGGGAACCUGGUAGCUAGGGGAACCUGGUAGCUAGGGGAACCUGGUAACUAGGGGAACCUGGUAGCUAUGGGAACCUGGUAGCUAGGGAAACCUGGUAGCUAGGGGAACCUGGUAGCUAGGGGAACCUGGUAGCUAGGGGAACCUGGUAGCUAGGGGAACCUGGUCACUAGGAAAGUCUGGUCGCUGAACUUGUUCUCUAGAGGUCUUUUGUAACUGAAGCCGACCUGUAUUGACUUCUGAUAUAAGUCUACACACAGAGAGGACCAUAUAUAA